UACUAAGUGCGCUCGCGCUUUGUUUUAUAAUAUACAUGUUCUAUCGUAAGCGUUCCUACAAGGCUGAUAAGAUUAUACGUCACAGUGAUAAGAAUCUACAAGGAAUAUUUUUCCUUAUUUAAUAAUUUAUUUAUAUAACGCACCGACAAUAAUAAUCGGUUUGUAAAGAGUGCAAUGUUAUAGUGAAUUAUUUGUGAUAUUUUGUCGGAUGUGUCGUGCAGUAUGGGUACGAAGAGGUCGGUGAAGAUAACAGUGGUCGGAGACGGUACGGUCGGCAAGACUUGCCUGCUAUACGUGUACACUAAAAAUGAAUUUCCCGAAGAAUACGUGCCUACAGUGUUCGAUAACUAUACUUGUGACGUAACGGUAGACGGUGAAGAAGUAGAAUUAUCAUUAUGGGACACAGCUGGACAAGAAGGCUACGAAAGAUUGAGGCCCCUCUCAUAUAAUAAGACAAAUUGUUUCCUACUAUGUUACUCAAUUGACAAGCCCGCUUCAUACAACAACGUUGUGCAUAAGUGGUAUCCGGAGUUAAAGCAUUUCGGUCCUUCGGUUCCCAUUGUAUUAGUUGCUACAAAACUUGAUUUACGGUCGAAAAAUGAAUCAGUUAUUACACGCCAGGAAGGAAAGAAAUUAAAAAAGAAAAUAAGUGCCGUCAAAUUGGUGGAGUGUUCAGCCUUAGAACGUGUUAAUAUUAAUGAGGUGUUUGAAGAGGCUGUCCGCGCCGCCCUUCGCAAGAAGCCCGUCACCAAACGUACCUGUCAGUACCUAUAACGUAUACAACUUGAAAUGAACUCCGGGUACAAGGAGGUCCCAUACAAAAAAUAUAUGAUGAUGAUUUCCAAUGAAGAUGAUCAUGACAUCUGCAUAAAUCAGGGUAGAGGUACACAAGCGCAACUAUUUUAUAGUCUUCACGAAGAAGACGUUAACUUUCGAAAAUGAAACGAAAACUCUGCCGAUGGAUAUUAUGUAUUGUUACUUUAUCUCUAUUUCCAAUAAUAAAUAUG